GAAAGAGGUUAAUAAGAGAGAGAAAGCUGGUCCAUCCAAUUCCAAUCUCUCUCUAAGAGAAUCAUGGCAUACAGACCCUCACCACCAUCAGCAACAUCAACAUUGAAGAGACACAGUCACUCUGUUUCUUCCACAAUCUCAUCUUCUUUCAAUCCUUGUAGUUGUCCACACACAAAUAUAACCCACCUCACCAUUUUCUCUUCCAUUGAUCCCUCUUCUUCUUCUUCUUCUUCUUCUUCUUCUCAGUCGAUUUCCUUCAGAAAAACACUACCCAAGAAAUCUUUGAAAAAUGCAAAAAUCCAUCAAUAUGAUUCUACUCUACCAGUUGUUCUUCAUAAUGACACAGUCAAUUGUAAGGAAGAAUUGAAGAAUGAUAUCACUGUGAUAAAAAAGGGUGUUCCAAUCAGGUUCAGAAAGAUGAGGAGUAUAAUCUUGCUCAACAUCAUCGCCAUUGUUUAUGCCAGUGACAUUCCAGUGGUGAAAGAGGUUGAAGCUUUCCUGGAUCCAGCCGCAUUCUGCGCUGUACGAUUUUCCAUGUCAGCCAUCCCAUUUUUUCCAUUUGUCUUCCGGGCACGAAAUGAUGUACAAACCCGCAAUGCAGGGAUGGAGUUGGGACUGUGGGUUAGCUUAGGCUACCUUGUUGAGGCACUUGGACUACUUACAUCUGAUGCUGGGCGAGCAUCGUUCAUUUCACUAUUCACGGUAAUUGUGGUUCCAUUGCUUGAAAGCAUGUUAGGAUCGAUAGUACCUGCCCGCACCUGGUUUGGUAUUCUCAUGUCUGUCCUUGGGGUUGCAAUGCUCGAGUGCAGUGGUUCUCCUCCAAAUGUUGGAGAUCUUUUGAACUUUUUAAGUGCCAUAUUUUUUGGCAUUCACAUGCUUAGAACAGAACAUAUAUCAAGAAGCACAAAGAAAGAGAACUUCUUAGCCCUCCUUGGAUAUGAGGUUAGUGUUGUUGCUAUGUUAUCCGCAAUCUGGUAUCUCAUUGGAGGAUGGUUCGACGGUGUUCAUGAUUACAAUAAAGUAUCUCUGGCCAUGGUGUGGGAUUGGAUGGUUGUAUUUCCAUGGAUACCCGCGCUUUAUACUGGUGUAUUCUCAACUGGAUUAUGCCUAUGGGCCGAGAUUGCUGCAAUGCGUGAUGUUUCGGCAACGGAAACAGCAGUGAUUUAUGGGAUGGAGCCAGUGUGGGGUGCUGGUUUUGCAUGGUUUCUCCUUGGUGAAAGGUGGGGUGUUGCUGGAUGGAUUGGGGCUGCUCUCAUACUAGGUGGAAGCUUAACAGUGCAGAUUUUUGGAUCUUCUGUCAGCAAAUCAUCUGCAGAAUCCGAAGAGAGUAUUAGAAAGAGUGAUGUAUUGAUGACCUCAGCAGAUGAUCAAAAGCUGCAAAAUGGUCUCUCUACUUCCCCAGUUGUUGUCAGCUCCAGAAAUGAUAUUAUUGAUAUGUUGAAGUAAACUAUAUGCUUACACACAUUGUAUUUUAUUACCCAAAAGUUAGUUAAUGUAAAUCUUUCAAAAGCUAGCCUAUGAUGCCUAGCCUACAUGUAAAUAUUUUUUGAGAAAAUUAAAAAAAAAAAUCGUAAUGUAUAACCUUAGUAACAAAUCAACCCC